AUGAGCCAAGAUUAUUUUUCAAAGAAGGGCAAGGCCCCCAUGGACCAGGAGAUUGAGAAGGACGACAACGACGCGCCUUACCAACCAGUGCCGUCAUCGAGCAGGCCACCGCAAUUCAUGACCGUUGGAUCCGGCUCCACCUCUGCACAUGCAGCGCAUCUCCAGUCACUACUCGAAAACGAUUCUGGCUACGGCGGCAGUAUCGCGGACGGCGACGCCAUGACUUCCUCCGGCGACCGACACAUUCCGACUCCUGUCAAUGGCCAGCUCUCCGAAGCUGACCGGCGCAGUCAGGCCGGCGCUAUCCACCAGCUGUGGUACAAUGCCCACAGGGUGACGCUGGGUCGCUCCAUCAACAAGGUCAUUGAGCUCCUCAAGGAGUUGCAAGAGAUGAACGUGUCCUGGCCAGCCCACUAUCCAUCUGUCCAGCGAGCCGAGGGAGCCCGCCCUGCCCCUUCACACUCAUAUUCGACCAUCGGCGAAGCCCCCGCGUCGACAUCCGCCUCGUCCGUUCCGUCUUCUCCGACCGCUCCCCCAUCCUUACGACGAUCCUUCACAUCGCUAGAAGCGCGCGAGAGUGCCGAGUCGAGCCGUGCACAGGAAAGACGGGCGCCAGAAGAGCCACGACUCGUCACACCUCAAAUUGCCCAGGACUUCUCGGUCCUCAAACUGGAUCUCAAGCUGGGCUCGCUUCACCAGGCAGAGCUUGUCCACUCUUUGGAGAAGGGGUCCAUCGCCUCCCUUUUGGAUGGCAAGAUCAGUUCCAGCGUUCGACACCUGCUCAACCUCCGUGAACGGAUCGAAGAUACUUCCAGCAAAGUCUUGAUCACUGGUGAUCUGAAUGCCGGCAAAUCGACCUUCUGCAAUGCUCUGCUUCGAAGAAAGGUCCUUCCCGAGGAUCAACAACCCUGCACGGCAAUCUUUUGCGAGGUUCUGGAUGCAAGGGAGAAUGGAGGCCUCGAGGAGGUGCAUGCCGUUCACAAGGACGCCGACUAUGACCGCCAUAACGAGACCACAUACGACGUUUACAAGCUGGCGCAGCUCGAGGAGCUCGUAGUGGACAACGAGAAAUACACCCAAUGCAAGGUCUACGUCAAGGAUGUACGAACCAUUGACGAGUCUCUGCUCAACAAUGGUGUGGUUGAUAUCGCUUUGAUCGAUGCCCCGGGUCUCAACUCUGAUACAACCAAAACGACGGCCGUCUUCGCCCGACAGGAGGAGAUCGAUGUCGUUGUCUUCGUGGUAUCAGCUGCCAACCAUUUCACUAUGACGGCCAAGGAAUUCAUCUGGGCAGCAGCUGCUGAGAAGGCUUACUUGUUCAUUGUGGUGAACGGUUAUGACAACAUCAGAGACAAGAAUAGGUGUCAGAAGAUGAUCCUCGACCAGGUCCACGGGCUGAGCCCGAGAACGCACAAGGAAUCAAAUGAGCUGGUUCACUUCGUCUCGAGUAAUGCCGUUCCUACAGCUCCUGCGCCACCAGGCGGGCCGUCUGGUGGGGGCAGCGGCGGAGGCGGUGGUGACGACCCUGGUGACGAUCCUAAGGGCAAAGGCAAGGACGUUGAGAAGAUCCGAGACUUUGAGAACCUCGAGCAAUCGUUGCGGAGAUUCGUUCUCGAGAAGCGCGCCAGAUCCAAGCUGGCACCGGCAAAGACUUACCUGCUCAACAUUUUGAACGACGUUCACGUUCUUGCCAACGUCAACUCAGAGGUUGCAAACUCCGAACUUGAUCGUGUCGUCAAGGAGCUCAAGGAGAUCGAGCCCCAGCUCGAAUCCAGCAGAAAGGCCACGGCGCAGGUUGGCGAUGAGAUUGACAAGAUCACCGAAGGGACAUGCAAGGAGGUCUACGACUACACGCGGACCACUCUCAGCACGGCUAUCGAUCAUGCUGGGGACAACAACCACGGCGUUCCUUACCGGGGCAUCUUCAAUGCCUUCGAGUACGCAGAGGAAUUGAAGGAGGCCAUGAUGUCCUACAUCCAUGAGUCAGUUGUUGCCUGCGAGGAACACGCAAAGACCAAGACGGUCGGUGGCGUGAACGCCAUUAAGCAGCUCGGCAUUAUGCAUCUUGGCGACGACUACCAGAGCCUGGUGUUCCGGCCCGACGUCAUGUUCAAGAGAAAGCGCGACUCCAUGGCACGUAAUGUCGACGUCCCCACUGAACUCUGGGAUUUUGUCGACUGGCACACCAUCGUCCAGAAGCAGGAGAAGGUGGCAGGCACGGGAAUGGCUCUCACCGUUGCGGGAGCUCUCGUUCCUCGCAUGAUGGGUUCCAGCGGCUGGUUGGACCAUGCGUUGAGCGCAGCGAAGAUUAUGGGCAACGACAACUUGCGUCGCCUCAUUGUCCCCGCCAUCGUUGCAGCUUCAUUCGCAGCCGCCGCCUACAUCCUCAACCAGAUCCCUAACUCUCUACCCCAUCGGCUUUCCACCAAGAUUGCGGCUCAACUGGAGGCAGUCGACUACGUGCACACCAACUCGACGCGCAUCUCGGGCUCAGUCCGCAAGGUUCUCCGCUUCCCUGCUGACAACCUCCGCGUCGGCCUCGAGCAGUCCGUCAAGGACCUCGGCAAGCGCCGCGAGGAGACGCUCAAGGUCCGCCAGGAGAGCGAGGUCGCGCUAAAGUACUUUGGCAACCUCGUCCGCAACAGCGCGCAGCAGAGGACCGUCGUCGAGGGCGUCGACCUGGAUGCCCCGCCGCCGGGCGCCGUCGGUGCCGGCCUUCACUGA